AUGACACCGGCACAACUAAUUGCUCGAUAUAAAUCAUUACAUCAACCAUCCGUCAAACCCAAUCUUAACAGCGUAUCAAGUCAAUGUUUACAGAGCAUCAAUGAUACAUUUAUCAAAUCCUCAUCAAGCCAAGAUGUGACCAGAAUAAUCGAUGCAACCGGAAAAAUAGGAGCUGGAAUCUUAGUCGGUAACUUAGUUUGGCUGGGCUCGUACGAUGAAUGUCUGAGCAUAAAAACUACUCAUUACUGUACCGUUGCAGCCACAAUCAUUGACCCGAAACAUAAUCAGUCUUCGGUAUUACGUUGGGGUGUAUGCUUACCUAAAGGCUGCAAUGAACAGGAUAUCGCUUCAUCAAUUGAAUUUUUGUUAGAUAUCUUUCAUAUUAAGACAGUUAAAGUAUACGGUAGCACAGUCUACUGUGCUCACGAAUCUCCCUAUACUUUUGGCAGUAUUUUCACAAUAGUAUUAUGUGGUAUAUUAUUAGUCCUAGUUAUUGUUGGUACCAUUAUUGAGGCAUGCCAAAUGCGUAAAAAGGAUCAGAGGUUGCAUAUUUACGAAGAUGCCAACACUAUCAAACCUAUUAUUAAUGAAGAUACUCCACUGGUGAAUACGUUGUCUGUUGAAAAGGAAAAUCAUUUAAUAACAGAACUUUUACUGGCCUUUUCUGUACGAAAAAAUUCAAUCGCUAUCUUCAACACCAGCAGUUCCGCUAAAAAUGUGUUAUGCCUUAACGGUUUACGCACCAUCAGUAUGUUUUGGGUGAUAUUAGGUCAUACAUUUCUUUGGCCACUUAUAACGGGGAAUUUAGAAAACGUUGUGAUUGGCCUAGAACAACUACACUUCUUUACUUUUCAAGCAGUUAGCAACGCAUUUUUCUGCGUUGAUAGCUUCUUUUUUAUCAGUGGUUUUCUAGUUUCUCUUUUGAGUCUUCGAGAAAUGGAUAAGAGAGGUGGAAAAUUUCCUGUUAUCACAUCUUACAUUCAUCGAUUCCUACGGAUAGUUCCUACUUACAUGUUUGUAAUACUUAUCUGGACAAAUGUAAUGCCACAUCUCUCCUCUGGACCGUUGUGGUAUGUAAAUCAACAAGGAAACGCAUGUACUAGUUAUUGGUGGACAAAUCUAUUGUUUAUAAACAACUUUUGGCCAACUCAAUUAGCUAAAGAGUGUAUAGGAUGGUCAUGGUACCUAGCAGCAGACAUGCAAUUUUUUAUCAUAAGUCCUGCAAUAAUAAUACCAUUACACAGAUUUCGUCGUAAAGCUUUAACUAUACCUUUUGGUCUGAUAAUGAUCAGCGUUGGUAUUAGUGCAGCCCUUGCUGCUGUAUACAGAUUCGAUGCUUCACUCAUAGCGAACACAAUAAGCGGAGGACAUAGAGAUCCUACUGAUGUUAUGUACGUAAAGCCAUACUGUCGGAUACAGCCAUAUCUUGUCGGUAUGAUGCUAGGAUAUCUGAUCUACGAGAAGAACUUUCAAAGUAGUAAAAUUUCAAUGAUAAAAUUAGUAUUGGGUUGGGUUCUAUCAAUAUCACUUGGAUUAGCCUGUGUCUACGGCUUGAAAAAUGAGCUUAAUAGAUUUUGGACUGUUGUUUAUCUUGCAACAUCAAGACUAGGAUGGUCUGUUAGUUUAUGUUGGGUUGUGUAUGUUUGUCAAAAUGGUUAUGGUGUAUUUGCAAAUACUGUGCUAUCGUGGAAAUUCUGGAUACCACUUGGCCGUUUGACGUUUACGGCGUAUCUACUCCAUCCAAUAGUUCUUCAAGUAUUCUAUUCGGGUUACAGAUCAGGUCUUUACUUUUCGACCGAAUUAAUUGUUUAUCUAUUUGCAAGUAUGGUUACCUUAUCGUACUUAGCUGCGUAUGGAGUAUCCGUCUGCGUUGAGUAUCCAUUUGCGAACUUAGAGAAAAUAAUCUUUGAUAGAGUUCUAAAAAUAAAUCGUCGUGGAUCUUAA